CCUGAGGCGGACGCACGGGCUCGCCUGCUCGCCAACAAGGAGGUCCUCCACCACAUCCAAUCGUUGAAUCCUUACCCAAAUUCGUGUGAGACAGAGGUGGCCGGCAUAAGGAGGCUGCGAGGGCUCGCGAGCUCGCUGACGAAGAGGUCCGCUGCUACAUCCCGGCCUAAAGCGUCUGGUACAGCUCGUGAUUCAGAAUCACGCCGGCCUGAGGCGACCGCGAGGGCUCGAGAGCUCACUGGCGAGGAGGUCCUCAUCGACGAGGAGGUCGAGAUCCUGAAGGGCUCCUCCAUAAGCAUCAUUUACAGUGUUGCAGCCAUCAUGGACAACCAGUGGAUGAGAGCACCUAGGUGGUCAGUCGAGUAUGAUGAAGGCCUUCACAACUUUGUAGAAUUUUCCUUUGCCACAUCAGCCCAACAGAAUAGGAUACCAAAUAAAUUAGCCAGUAAUAAAAAGCUUAGGGAUGUGGUGAAAACACUAAUGUCAAAUCAAUCUAAGUUGCAGCAGCAAUACAGUGAACUGAAAACUCAAGUUUCAGGCUCCCAAAAGUGCUCUUCUGUUGAAACUAGUCCAAGGGUUGGUAUAGUAGAUGGGCAACAUUUGCAUGAGAAGAAAGAUGAUAAUCAAGAAUCAAUUUCACAUUCAAAUAAGAGACAUGGAGUAGAACUUGAGGAAAUUGAAAAUGUUAGGAUGCAAAGUCUGCAAAAAAUAAAGAAAGAGACAUCACAACACACAUUUCUGGGAAAUACCAAGGACAAGACACCUCCACAAAGUCUUCCAGAGCCAUCGAAGAAACCAAGAAAGUUUCAGGCACCACUUACUAAGGAUGAUAUGAAAGAUAUAAAGUGUGGUAUGGAGAUUGGUCUCACAUCUCCAAAUAGUAAAAAGCUGGUGGCACUAGGGACUGUUCAGAAAACUGAUAGGAAAGCUAAAGCUAAUGAUGGUCAACCAUUGGCGGAUUAUAUUGAGGUACUAGUCAGUAUUGUUUAUAAACAAACAACCAUAUUGCCUCGUUCACAUGGGAAGAUACAAAAUCUGGGAAGUGCUACUGCUCGCUGCAUACCAUGGCCUCGGCAAAAUAUCAUUUGUAGAGAUGGCACUCCGUUGCACUCUAAACAGGUUUGUAGCCCCAUUAGCAAAAUCACCCCAAACACAAGAGGAACUGUAGGACCAAAAAGGUCAACAUCAAAAGCUGAUGCUACAAGGUUGGACAAAGGCCAAGUUGCUUCACAGGGUUUGCUAGAAAAUAAGCAAGCAAAGAGGAAUGUGAGUAAAGAAGAAACAGAGCAACUUACAUCAUCCAAGUAUGUAGAGGGCCACAAAAGCAACAUACAUAUAACAACGUCUCGAUGUUAGUACAAUUAAAAGAGCAAUUGACAAGUGAGGACAACAGACAUGUAUAUAGCUGGAUGUGGGCAUGUCAUUUUCAAGCAGGAGUAACAUAAUUUGGUUUCUGAACAUUGAUGGCCAGUACUGUGGCAACAUAGUAUAUUUAGAUGGAUUUAUACUUACAUAUAUAUAUAUAUAUAGCUGUGAUGUGGACACUCUUAUAAAAGGAGAAAGAAACUUGCAUCAGGAAUGGGGACCUAGACAUCAGGACUUGGAACAUCAUUUGAAUUGACUAUUUUUCAACCUUAUUGAUUGUGUUUGGUUACAAAUAUAACUGUGUAUAGCCUGAAAGGUUAAAUGUUUGGAUCAUGUUGUUAACGUGUAUUUUUAUUGGUUAAUUUCUCAAUGGAUGUUGCUGUUUUGAUUA